AGCUAGGGCAGGUUUUGUUCGCCAGCAGAUGGCCUGAUUCAACCUCUCUAAAAAUAGACAUUUACCUCUCUGAACUCCUGUUUAAGGAUGUAGUUCGUUUUGCUCUUUCACCAUUUUCAAGGUUCAAAGGAAAGCGGCGAGGAUUCCAAGGUCCCACCGCCCUCACAGCCAAUGAGGGGUCUGGGAGGGAGGAGCUUAGUGCAUGCAGCUCGAGCUUCUGAAGGAAUCAUCCCCAGUAUGUGCAGUAGAGUCUGAGCUCUGCUGCAUCUGUCACAGCAGAACAAAAUUUUUUAAACUAAAACAAAACGCAAAAAACAGUAGAGGAGAAACGCUGCAGACGGUGGAAUGCUGUAAGACUUUCUAAAAUAUUUCCUGGGGAUUCCUGUGGAGCAUGAUCUUUUAAAACGAAUUCUUUUUGAAGCCGGUUUGUGUAACUGGGAAAAUGACACAUAUGCUAAAUGCAGCAGCUGAUCGAGUGAAAUGGACCAGAUCGAGCGCAGCUAAGAGGGCUGCCUGCCUGGUGGCUGCGGCAUAUGCUCUGAAAACCCUCUAUCCCAUCAUUGGCAAGCGUUUAAAGCAAUCUGGCCACUGGAAGAAAAAAGAAACUUACCCGGCUGCAGAGAACAGAGAAAUACUGCAUUGCACCGAGCCUAUUUGUAAAAACCCUCCGCCAGGAGUGAAUGCAGAUUUUUUCAAACAGCUACUAGAACUUCGGAAAAUUCUCUUUCCAAAACUUGUGACCACUGAAACAGGGUGGCUCUGCCUCCACUCGGUGGCUCUGAUCUCAAGAACCUUUCUGUCCAUCUAUGUGGCAGGUCUGGAUGGGAAAAUCGUGAAAAGCAUUGUAGAAAAGAAGCCUCGGACUUUCAUCAUAAAAUUAAUCAAGUGGCUUAUGAUUGCCAUCCCUGCCACUUUCGUCAACAGUGCAAUAAGGUACCUGGAGUGCAAAUUGGCUUUGGCCUUCAGAACUCGCCUAGUAGACCAUGCCUAUGAAACCUAUUUUACAAAUCAGACUUAUUAUAAAGUGAUCAAUAUGGAUGGGAGGCUGGCAAACCCUGACCAGUCUCUUACUGAGGAUAUUAUGAUGUUCUCCCAAUCUGUGGCUCAUCUGUAUUCCAAUCUGACCAAACCUAUUUUAGAUGUAAUCCUGACCUCUUAUACACUCAUUCAGACUGCUACAUCCAGAGGAGCAAGCCCAAUUGGACCGACCCUGUUAGCAGGACUUGUAGUGUAUGCCACUGCUAAAGUGUUGAAAGCCUGCUCUCCCAAAUUUGGUAAAUUGGUGGCUGAAGAAGCUCAUAGAAAAGGCUAUUUGCGGUAUGUACACUCCAGAAUCAUAGCCAAUGUGGAAGAAAUAGCUUUUUACGGAGGACAUAAGGUAGAAAUGAAACAACUCCAGAAAAGUUACAAAGCUUUAGUGGACCAGAUGAACCUCAUUUUGUCCAAACGUUUGUGGUACAUCAUGAUAGAGCAAUUCUUGAUGAAGUAUGUUUGGAGCAGCAGUGGACUAAUUAUGGUGGCUAUACCUAUUAUCACUGCAACUGGCUUUGCAGAUGGUGAAGAUGGCCAAAAACAAGCUAUGGUUAGUGAACGGACAGAAGCCUUUACCACUGCUCGGAAUUUAUUGGCCUCUGGAGCUGAUGCUAUUGAAAGGAUCAUGUCUUCAUACAAAGAGAUCACUGAAUUAGCAGGCUAUACUGCCCGAGUAUACAAUAUGUUUUGGGUCUUUGAUGAAGUAAGAAGAGGCAUUUAUAAGCGAACUGCUGUCAUUCAAGAGUCUGAAAACCUUAGCAAGAAUGGAGCUAAUGUAGAAUUACCUCUCAGUGACACAUUGGCAAUCAGAGGAAAAGUUAUUGAUGUGGAUCAUGGAAUUAUUUGUGAAAAUGUUCCCAUAAUUACACCAGCUGGAGAAGUUGUGGCUUCCAGGCUAAACUUCAAAGUACAAGAAGGAAUGCAUCUUUUGAUAACUGGUCCCAAUGGUUGUGGGAAAAGUUCUCUCUUCAGAAUUUUAAGUGGGCUCUGGCCUGUGUAUGAAGGAGUUCUCUAUAAACCACCUCCCCAACAUAUGUUCUAUAUUCCACAAAGGCCAUAUAUGUCUCUUGGAAGUCUUCGGGAUCAAGUCAUUUAUCCCGAUUCAGUGGAUGAUAUGCACGAUAAAGGUUAUACAGACCAAGAUCUCAAAACUAUUUUACACAAUGUCCAUCUCUUUCACAUAGUUCAAAGAGAAGGAGGAUGGGAUGCUGUUAUGGACUGGAAAGAUGUCCUAUCAGGAGGGGAAAAGCAAAGAAUGGGCAUGGCUCGUAUGUUUUAUCAUAAACCAAGAUAUGCAUUGCUGGAUGAAUGUACCAGUGCUGUCAGCAUUGAUGUUGAAGGAAAGAUAUUUCAGGCCGCGAAAGGGGCUGGAAUAUCUCUACUGUCAAUAACACACAGGCCUUCUCUUUGGAAAUACCACACUCAUUUAUUACAGUUUGAUGGUGAAGGAGGUUGGCGCUUUGAACAAUUGGAUACUGCUAUCCGUUUAACAUUGAGUGAAGAAAAACAAAAGCUAGAAUCUCAGCUAGCUGGAAUUCCCAAAAUGCAGCAGAGACUCGAUGAACUAUGUAAAAUUUUGGGAGAAGACUCAGUGCUGAAAACAAUCAAAAAUGAAGAUGAGAUAUCCUAAUUUGUUUUGACAUGUUUUUAAAAAUUAUUUUUUAGGUAAAGGCUCAGAGGCACUCUGUUACAGUGCAUGCAAGUGUGUUAAGCUAAGCACAGAGACAAAAAAAAAGGCAGUAAGAAAUGUUUUAUAAAAUUUUAGCAUCAGGGAAGUAUAUGAUCUGAUUUUUUCAUAAGAAAAUAAACAAAUGCAUUAUGUAACAUUAAUCAUUAUGGCUUAUUCUAAUUCUUAGUGAAAGCCUAAUUCACCUGUAAAACAGGAUUUUCUAGGUGAAUUCAGGAUGAAUACCAGAUUUGCUAUGUAUGUGUAUGUCUGAAGUUCUUAACAAACAUGAGAGAUGUCCCAGAAAUGAAACAAGAGCAGCAUUUGGGUUGAUACCAGGUGCAUAAAUUAGAACUUCGAGUAACAUUUCAGUCCAUUUAUGGUUGAUAUUAAGUUUAAUAGCUAGAAUUCCUGUUUGUCAUUACUAGUGGCCAACUAAACUUGUAUACAAAAUAGCUGACAGUGUGAUAAAUAAUUUCAAUAUAAAAAAAUUCUUUUAAUGGCAGUAGUUGAAAGAAAGCAUAGCCAUACAUGAAUGAAAUGUCAUAUGUUUAAAUUUUAGACUUUGAGUAUCUUAAUACAGGAACAUAACAGAUUAAUUUUAAUGAGAUGCUUACAUUUUUGUUAAUAAACCCUUUUAUUUUGAAGAGGAUUGCCAAUACAAAAAAGAAGUAUCCAAACAAUGUUUGUUGCAGCCUGUGCUUUACUUGACAUCAUUAUCUAUUGCAACUUCUGUCUGGAAAUACACAGUUUGUUUUUGUGCCCAAAGGAGGAGUCCACAUUUAAAAAAUUACAGUAGUAUAAUAGAAUAUAGGGAUUCUGAAAAUCAUAGUAAUAAUAACAUACAGUGGAAUGGUACUUUAUAAUUUACAAUCUCCAUUUACAUAAUUUCAUUUUAAUCCUUGUGAUAAUAUUUUGAGACAGACAUUAUGUUUGCUUUUGAGAAAAUUGACACUAGAUAUGCCCUAAUCAUGAAAUUUAUUUAGAGACCAAUCUAGGGAUCACAUGAAGUUCUCCCGACUCCCUUAUUCAGGUAUAUUUCUACUAUUAUCCUUUAAACCUAACUGGACUAUAAUAUCAAUAAAAGUUAGAGGAGAUGUUGAAAAGAAAAUAAAUUUGGUAAUGUUAA